AUGCUCCGAGUCUCGUCGGCUGACAUUCAGCGAUUCAUAAAUCUCAUAAUGAAACGUUUCAAAAGGGAAGGCUCAGAGGACCCCCGAAUCGCCCAUUGGUUGCUUAAUAUUCUUCAGAUGUGUGCGGUUCAUUGCACAGAAACAUUUAUGGCAAAAUUAAACGAUCAGGAGACUUUGGAACCAUUCCGUGAAGCCCUAAUUGACCAGACUUACAUUAACCGGUACGAUGAAGUCGUACGUCUAAAGUUGUUUACGUUAUUGCAGUUCUGGUAUGACAAAUACAAAGGGUUUUUCCCCGAAUCUGCCAUGAUCAAGAUGUAUGAUGAUGUUUGUUUUGGAGGUAAAACGCUUCGCUUGAAUCCAGUUAACCUCCACUGGUUUCCGAACCGAAAUAUAAUGAACGAAAGACUGGAUGACAUCUUUUACGACAUACCGGAUAUCGGUGAUGAACUUCUGGCCCGCAGCAAAAAAAUAUUUUCUUAUUUUAUCUUCCCCCGCACGCACACUGUACAUCAGGCGAAUAUGUUCCUUCAGCAGGUGGAAGCUGAUCUGCUCUUUUGGGAGGACGUUGUACAGCACGCCGAUCUUCCCGACGAUUCUUUAAAACGCAUAGCUACCGCCGGGGUCAACUUGCGUAAGGUGAAGUCGGACAUUGAGCAAAUAAUCGAAAACAUAAAAGUAAGUAAACAAAGUUAUUGGAAUAUUCACUCAUGA